AUGGGCUACAUCCAGUUCGACAAAAUUGCCGUCCCAGAGGACAACUUGGUGUCGCUAGGGCUUCUGCACCGUCAACUGCAAAAACAACGGCAAAAUGAGUGUUCAUUGGAAAACUGGAAUAACACCGCUUCAAAACAACCAUUGCAAACACAACAACAUCACUACGAUCCCGUCGAUGAUCUCGAAGACACUACAACACUUGUCCCGUCAAGCGUGAGCCCCGAUGAUAGGUCACUUCUCACGGGUCUAUCGCCAACUUUUGAAUCGUUAGCUGAAAUUUGGGCAGACAUUAUGAACGCUAACGACGAAAAGGAUCACCACGACCACGACCACGAAAACAAAGGACUAGUUUCAAAUUUGCAAGGGUUCCCAUUCAAAUCAGCCAACACCAUUGUCGAGCAUCGUAACACCAACACCAAAACCAACACCAACAACAAGAAUAAUAAUAAUAAUGAUAAUAAUAAUACUAAUAACAGCAACGACACUCGCUCGGAGACCGCCCUCACCAAUGCCACCCUCAUGAAACCCUCGCUGGACGAAGUGGUUCUAGGAACUCAGUUCCAUGCUAAACAAUUUGAAGAUUUGGACCUCUUGUCACCGUACACGACGGGCCAAGACGUUUCUACUGCUUCUACUACUACCAGCAAAGCGCCAUCAACGCCAAAGGAGACACCGGCCUUUGAGUGUCAGCAAUGUUUUGCCAGCUUCAAAGUCAAGGGCUAUUUGACGCGGCAUCUAAGAAAACAUCAGGCCGUCAAGGAUUUCCAGUGUCCGUUCUGGGCCGCAGACUGUCAGUGUCAUACAACGGGCGCGUUUUCUCGCAAAGACACCUACAAAACGCAUCUCAAGGCCAUCCACUUUGUCUACCCUGUCGGCAUGACAAGGAGCCUCCGCAACCGCUCCAAGGGCCGGUGUGCGGCGUGUUUCCAAGAGUUCAGCAACAACACCGAAUGGCUCGACCAGCACGUAAGUACAGGCAGCUGUGAAAGCUUGAUUCGUGUCAAGAAAGAGAGUCAGGAUUAG